CAGCCCCUAGAUUCCUAGAGUCUUACAUCUAUUCGAUCCUUUCAUCGUCUCAAAUUAAUCCACCAUGGCAACCCUCCUCCAGAAGUUCGUCGACGCUGACCAGUGGGAAGCCGAAGACAUAGUCGGCCGGCUGGGUAUGGUCAUGCAUGGCGCCUUCCUCUUCAUCGGCUUCCAGCCCUACGGCGCCCAGCCACCCUCGGGUCACCUCCUGAAGCGAGCAGGUGAGGCAGGCUCGCUGUGUCUCUCCCGUUGGUACACGGUGCCGCAGCUGGCGCACCACAAGAGCGCGGAUGCCGCCGUGCUGAUGCUCUGCGCGCAGGGGAGCAACAUCGCGCUCCUCAUGUUCCUCACGACGGACUGCCACCUGCGGAGCGUGUACCGGGAGCGCCUGGACAAGGCCACCAUCACGCCGCUCCUCUCCCGCACCUUGGGUGACACGGAGCCCUGGGUGUCGCGGAUCGGCUGGACGCUCGCCGACGGCGUGUGCUGGGGCCUCCUCGUCGAGCUGUGCCGCAGGAACGGCCUGCCGCUGACCAGUUUCAUGUCCAUGCCUGAUGACAUCAAGACGGAAAUCUUGAAGAGGUUCACUGACGACGAGGACCUCGCGAGGGUGGAGUGCACCUGCAGGCAGCUGAGGCGCCUGGUGGCAGAGCGUGAUGGUGAGCUGUGGAAGCCCAUGUACGAGGCCCUGGGCUUCCGCCGGCGCACGCGCCGGUUGCGUCUUUCAUUCUUCCUCGACUUCGAGAGCUCUGACUCCCAGUCCAUGGAGGUUCUCAGCUGGAGGGAAAAGUACGUGGAGGCCAGGCAGCGUCCCUGGGCCAGGAUCUGGCGCCGGUUGUUCUUCGACUCCUUUCCUGUCAUUGCACCGAUUGGUUGGACGGACUUCGAAUUCUCAUGCACCCUGGACGGGUUGCAAGAUCCGCCGGAGCAGGAGACGGUUUCAACAAGGGGCGAGGGCAGACGCGUUCACCGCCAGAAGGUGGCAAGGAAUGACUGCAAGAAGAAGCGGCACGCCGCCGGCGCGAUCCACUCGCCGUCGUCUCGCUAUCGAUGGAAGCAUCGGUGAUCAUGGACUGGUCAUAUGAGUCAGGAUUGCACAAUUGUUCCUCUGACCUUACAACUGGACCGAGGCAUUUUAUUUGCCCUGUUGCCAUGCACCAUUUUUGUUAUAUGGGUUAACUGCAAUCAUUUCUGCAGAUGAAUCAUGGGUUUCUUCAAAUUAUUGUUAUAAAUGAAAUGCACACAAGCAUUAGCUAGAUUUCAAUUCCAUGACUCUUUUCAACAAUUUUACUUCUUUCAUCCAAAUUCAAUUUGAAAAUACUCCUCAAAUUCCUGCAGCAACGUGCAGGGAAUUCAUCUAGUUAGUGCAGUCACGGUCUCCAUAGGGUGAA